UAAACACGCUGGAUGGGUCGCUGAUGAUUUCAAAAAUCUUAAAACUUGGAAAACAAACUUUUGGGAUAUUGGAGGCAUAAUUUAUGAACAUAUUAUUGUAAAAGUAUAAAUGGCAACUGAAAAAAACUUAUUACAAUGCUACAAUCGCGGCUGCGGUCAAAAAUACGAUCCGGAAAAUAAUUUGAACGAUUCAUGUCGACACCAUCCGGGAUUGCCCGUUUUCCACGACGCCUACAAAGGCUGGAGUUGUUGCAACAAAAAAUGCACCGAUUUUACGGAAUUCUUGAACAUCAAAGGCUGUACAUCAUCCAAGCAUUCUAACAUCAAACCACCGGAACCCGAAAAGCAAGUGCUUAAAGAAGAACUAUUAGAAGAAGUGAUCGAAGUUAAACCCAUCCCGACCGCAUUAAAAAGACCUCCACCUGAUACACCAUUAGUAACUCUCAAGCCAGAAAUAGCUCCUUCUCUCCAGCAAGUCAAGCCUGCCGAACAAAAGUCGGGACAGCAAGCCAACGAAAUCGAAGGCGAAAUUACUAUUGGUACAACAUGCAAGAACGGAGGUUGCGGGGCAACUUACCAAGGACCGGAAACUAAUUCGAGUACAUGCACAUAUCAUCCUGGUGUUCCCAUAUUUCACGAAGGACUCAAAUAUUGGUCGUGCUGUCAAAAGAAAACCACAGAUUUCAAUGUGUUUCUAAAUCAAGUCGGUUGUGAAACGGGUUCGCACGUUUGGAAAAAAGAUGAGGAAGAAAAAACAGUGCAAUGUCGAUGGGAUUUCCAUCAAACUGGGUCUCACGUAAUAGUUUCUAUUUACGCAAAACAGUACUGUCCCAACGAGAGUAUAGUGAAAUUGAGCCCUGUUAGGUUGAAUGCGAAAUUAAUCUUUCCGCUACAAUCUAAUUCUUCUUUUCUUCUGGACGUUGAGUUAAAAGGGAUUGUGGAUGUGGGAGCUUCUCAAGUCACAAUGUACGGGAGUAAAGUUGAAAUAAAAAUGAAGAAAGCGGAGCCGGGAAGUUGGUGUAAGCUAGGAGUGCCAUUAGGAACCGACAAACCAUCGGUUAAAACUAAUUUAGAUAAUAUUACGCCUGCCGUUGAGGCCGUUAAUCUCGAUGAUUUAUAAAAUUCUCUAAACAAGGACCGGUGGUUUGAGGCAUUUCGGUAUACAAUUGUUUAUUUGGUUUUGAUUGUUGCUUGAGUUUAUUGGUUAAUUUUUCGCUUGAAAUUGUACUGGUCCUUUCAUUUAAUUUUUUUUAUUAUAAGGAACAUUUUGUCAUCUUUUACAAUAUAUUUACUAAAAAAAACACCAAUUUAUUUUUUGGCCAUAAUAAAACCC